AUGAUCGUUGGUCGGAUUUGUGUGCCUGUGAUCAGCCGUUCUGUAACACUUUCUCCUAUCUCAGAUCUCAUACAAGGUAGUCCACCUCCAGAACUACCUCCGAUCACUGCCAGUUCUCUUCUCACUGUCCUCUUAGUUGUUGUACCGCUCACCGUUGGAGCGGCUACCGUAAUGGUUCGUAAUAGUUUGUGGUCGCCUUCAACUACUAUUGUCAUUUAUGCUAGCAGUUCGAUUCACGGGUGCACGUCUGUGCAGGCAGCGGCCAAAUGCAGAAACGCGACAACUCGUCCGCCAACUCGCUGCCUGGCUCGUACUCAGGUCGCACCCAUACGCUGUAACGUCGCCCGACGAGAUCGCCGUCACGCAUCAGAAUUAGUCGAUCGGGUGUCACGGAGAGAUUGCCGGACGACAUCAGCUCCGAUGGAACGUGAAUCGGUGACGGCGACGUUAGCCGAAAUCCACCCCAUGCGUCAACGGUCAGCACAGCUCGGGUCUCCCGUUCACACUCGCCAAACCACCUGCACAAGAGGAAUUGAAUCAGAGUGCUCUCAAUAA